AGGGGGCGCGAUCAAACAAGCACCAAAGAAACACUUGUAGGUUCCACUGUAUAUGCAAAACUUCUUGGUCUCUGUUGAAGAAACAGAGAGUCUUUGUCAUCUCGAGGUCUUCCUACUGACCUUUUACUGGCAAUGGUCAGUGAUUGAUGUCGGAAAAGUCAGUGGUCAGACUCAGACGACGAAAGUAGGUCGCCAGCUGUAGGCCAUCAGAGGGUGGCUUACGGACGAAAAAGUUGUCUACCUCUUCUGUCCUGUCACACGCUUGGACUAAGAGAUGGCGGAGACUUCGUCUGCAGCAACCUCUACCGAAGGGUUUACCCCCUCUUCUACGGGCGGUACCCCCUCCGUGGGAAGACAGGGGGUAGAAGCAGCGGAUAUUGUUGUGAUAGCAGUCUAUUUCGUCUUGAUCAUGGCAGUCGGUAUAUGGUCUAUGGUGAAGGCGAACCGUGGAACAGUGACGGGGUACUUUCUGGCCGGACGCAGUAUGUGGUGGGGCCCGAUCGGGUUGUCCUUAUAUGGAAGUAACAUCGGCAGCACCAGUUUUAUCGGCUUGGCCGGGACCGGAGCGGCUUCUGGGAUAGCAGUGUCAGCUUAUGAACUCAGCGGUUUGUUUUGUCUCCUGCUGCUUGCUUGGUUAUAUAUUCCAGUCUACAUAUCCUCUGCGGUGACAACCAUGCCACAGUACCUGAAGAAACGUUUUGGCGGGAAAAGACUCCAAAUCUACCUGUCCGUCCUAGCCUUGAUUCAGUACAUCUUCAUCAAGAUAUCGGCGGAUAUGUUCGCAGGUGCACUGUUUAUCCAGUUGGCGCUGGGCUGGAGCCUGUACCCGUCCAUCCUGCUCCUGUUGGCCAUCACUGCGGUCUACACAAUCGGAGGAGGCCUUACCGCAGUAAUGUACACAGACGCUGUGUCAGUCUGCAUCAUGGUAGUCGGAGCCGUCAUUCUGAUGGUCAUGGCAUUUGUGCGAGUCGGUGGGAUAGAAACUCUGAUCGUAGAAUAUUUCCGGUCCAUCCCUAACAUCAGACCUCCCAACACCACUUGCGGCGUGCCGACCCCGGAAGCAUUUCACCUCUUCAGGGAUGCCACCGGAAGUGACCUCCCAUGGCCCGGCCUAGUGUUUGGAAUCUUUAUUCUAUCAGCAUGGUACUUUUGUACUGACCAGGUCCUGGUGCAGCGCUCCCUAGCGGCUAAGAACAUGACGCAUGCUAAGGGCGGGUCCAUUCUGGCCGCGGGGCUGAAGAUCCUCCCCCUGUUCCUAAUGGUCAUGCCCGGGAUGAUCAGCAGGGUUCUGUUCAAAGAUGACGUAGCCUGUGUGACCGCAGAGGAAUGUGUACGAGCGUGUGGGAACCCUGCGAGCUGUACCAACAUCGCCUACCCAAAACUGGUCAUAGAACUCAUGCCAGUCGGUCUGCGAGGGCUGAUGGUAGCCACCAUGUUGGCAGCUCUGAUGAGUUCUCUGACGUCAGUGUUUAACAGCAGCAGCAGCAUCUUUACCGUGGACCUGUGGGCGAGGGUCAGGAGGAAGGCAUCACAACGUGAACUCAUGCUGGUGGGAAGACUGUUCGUGUUGGUGAUGGUGGGGAUAGGAAUCCUGUGGAUCCCGGUAGUGCAGGCAGCUCAGGGCGGACAGCUGUUUGACUACAUCCAGUCCAUCACCAGUUACCAGGCACCGCCCGUCCUGGCCUGCUUCACGCUCGGCAUCCUCUGGCCAAGGACUAACGAACCGGGGGCAUUCUGGGGGAUGAUAAUCGGGCUUGUGGUCGGGACGGUUCGGCUGAUCCUUGACUUCUCGUACGGGUUCCCCCGGUGUGGCGAGCCCGACAACAGGCCUGACAUCAUCACCAAGUUCCACUUUCUGCACUUCGCCAUCCUGCUCUUCGCACUCUGCGUGGUCGCGAUUGUCGUCAUUAGUCUGCUGACUGAGCCUCAAGACAAUGAAAAGUUGGUCCGUUUGACGUGGUGGACGCGACACAGUAAAGACAUGCCGGUGGAUCUGUCCGAUUCUGAAGAGGAGGAAGAAGAAGAGGAAGAAGAAGAAACGGAGAAGGAAGAAAACGGGGAACUACAAACUGAAGCGACAAAACAGAGCGCGGAAGUUCAAGAUGGUGGACAAAGAGGAUCGCGAAGCAUGAUGGGAAUGCUGCAAACCGGAUGGAACUGGUUCUGUGGAUUUUCAGACAUUCCCACCAAAAAGCAGACCAAAGCAGAGAAGGCAGCCUCAUUGAAGGUGAUGACGUCACUGAAAGAGGAUAGGCUCUGGGGACGGUUCGUUAACAUCACUGCAGUGGUGCUGAUGGCUAUUGGGAUAUUCUUUUGGGGAUUUUUUGCUUAAACAGAAGACAACGUCAUCGUUUAAGAAUGAACAUUGGGUUGAGUUUUUCGUGGUUACAUCGAUGAAGAUUAGACAUCCAGGUAAUAAGAUAUGCCAAAAAGCAGUUACUCAAACAACUGGAUAUGAUUUUGGAAACGGCCAGACGUUUCAGAUAGCAUCCGCUAUCUUUUGUCAGUGACACUGAAGUGAUCUGGAAGAAACUGGUCUUUUAUAUUCUAACUAUGAAUGAAGACAACUUUAGAUGUCCAAUAGGAAUACAUUUUGGCUACAUUUUGCAUUAUUGUGGCCACCAUUCUCUUAUUUGUAGUAGAAUGUAGAUUAUACAACAAAGAGAGAGCUGAAUUUUUUUUCCAUAUCUUAUUCGUAACACCAUACCCAAGGGCUAAUUGCAUGUAACACCAGUUCACCUUUAUUCGCGGGGUAACCUAAAUCUGUUGUACCUAAACAAAACAGGAUAUUAAUGGGGUAUCACGUAAAUGGACGGUGGUUUCAAAUUGCUUUUUUGUUCAACAUAUUGUAGUUUGAGACCACCGUCAGUCGACUUGAUAUACCGAAAUACGCUGGUGUUGCAUACAACGGAUAAAGGUUACCCUGCGAAUAAAGGUGAACUAGCGUUACCUAUACGUUAAUAAGUGUUUGGAAUGACUUCUUCUUUGAAUUCAGAGGUUAAUGAACCGUCCCGUGUUUUGAAUGGUCCCCAAAAUAGUAAAGGCUUGGUGAAAUUGUACCAACUGUUUGAAAUAAUAGAAUGAUUCAAUCCAUGUUUUCAUAUUAUUUCAUACACCGAAAAAGAUAAAUUCAAGUACACCCUAGGAGGAGAUAAUCCUUACAGUGUAUAAAUUGGUAUAUAUAUAUAUCGAAGAAUGUCUAGAUCUUAGAACCAAUUGUGAAAAUGAUACUCUAGAUUCGCCAUGUUGAUCCAUUGAUACUUAUUCAUGGAGAUUCUUGUAGGUCAUUGAUAUACGCCUGUUUGUUCAUAUAUAUAGUUGUAAUAGACAAUACAAAAGUCGUUGUACUUUU